AUGCCACAGUGCCUAAGAAACGCAAUAAGUGCAGAAGAAAAAUUAUAUUUGACGCUGAGAUUCUUGGCCACAGGCGAAAGUUACCGGUCUUUAUCAUUUGCCUAUCGUAUAUCACCAUAUUACAUAUCAAGAGUUGUUAAAAAUGUUUUGAAGAUAUUAAGAAUAAGGCUGCUGCCCAUGUUGAUGCCACCUUCUAUUGAAUCAGAUUUCAGACGUAUUGAAGAAGAAUUUUGGCUUAAAUGCAAUAUCCCUAAUUGUGUAGGCGCUAUAGAUGGAAAACAUGUUCGCAUAAGGGCACCAGAGUAA